UCAGAGUGACUGAUCAGCACAGAGACCAGUGUCACACCAAGCACAGCUGAUCUCUGAUGAUCAGUGUGCCCUGAUGAUCAGUGUAGCCCCAGCAGUGCCACCUGUCAGUGUCCAUCAGUGCCACCUGCCAGUGCCCAUCAGUGCCACAUCAAUGCCACAUAUCAAUGCCCAUCUGAGCUGCCUUUCAGUGUCACCUAUCUGUGCCAGUCAGAGCCACCUAUCAAUGCCAGUCAGAGCCACCUAUCAGUGCUGCCAAUCAGUGCCACCUAUCAGUGCCAGUCUGUGCCACUUAUCAGUGCCAGUCUGUGCCGACUAUCAGUGUGCAUCAGUGCCGCCUAUCAGUGCCCGUCAGUGCUGCCUAUCA